UCGCACCACCCACCAUGCUCGACAUUGUCAUGUUCCGCGAGGACCAGGGCGGUGAGCCCGAGAAGAUCCGUGAGUCGCAGCGUCGCCGUAACAAGUCGGUUGAGAUUGUUGAUGAGGUCAUCGCUCGUGAUACCGAGUGGCGCGCCCUCCGCGGGAAGAUCGACGACAUGCGCCGCGAGGCUGGUGUCAUCCAGGGUGCGAUCACCACCAAGCGCAAGGCUAAGGAGUCUGCGGAUGAGGAGAUCGCACAGCGCAAGGCGCUGAUGAUCGAGGUGGGCAAGAAGGAGGCCGAGCUGGCCGAGCUUGCCCUCGCGCGUGACUCUGUCCUCAAGACCAUCGGUAACAUUGUGCACGAUUCCGUGCCUGUGGCCUCCGAUGAGGUCCACAACGAGGUUGUCAAGACGUGGGGCAAGUUUGAGGCGCCCGAGGGCGUGACCCUCCUCAAGCACCACCACGAGCUGCUCCGCAUGAUCGGCGGGUACGACCCGGAGCGCGGCGCCAAGGUUGUGGGCCACCGCGGGUACUUUUACACCGGCCCCGCGGUCCUCCUUAACCAGGCCAUCAUCAACUACGGUAUCGCCUUUGCCGGCGCCCGCGGGUACAUGCCGCUGCAGACCCCGUUCAUGAUGCUCAAGUCGCAGAUGUCCAAGACUGCCCAGCUCGAGGACUUUGACGAGGCGCUGUACAAGGUUGUCGGCGACGCUGAUGAGGGCUCUGCCAACGAGAAGUACCUCAUCGCCACUUCGGAGCAGCCCAUCUCCGCCUACCACUCGGACGAGUGGAUCAAGGAGGCCGACCUUCCCAUCAAGUACGCCGGCUACUCGACGUGCUUCCGCAAGGAGGCCGGCGCCCAUGGCAAGGACGCCUGGGGUGUCUUCCGCGUCCACCAGUUCGAGAAGGUCGAGCAGUUUGUCCUCACCACCCCCGACGAGUCGUGGGAGAUGCUCGAGGAGAUGCUCGCCACCUCGGAGGACUUUUACCAGUCGCUCGGCCUCCCGUACCAGGUCGUCACCAUCGUCUCGGGUGAGCUCAACAACGCCGCCGCCAAGAAGUACGACCUCGAGGCCUGGUUCCCCACCCUCGGAACCUUCCGCGAGCUCGUCUCGUGCUCCAACUGCACCGACUACCAGUCGCGCGACCUCGAGGUCCGCUGCGGCGUCAAGAAGCAGGGCGCUCGCAACAAGAAGUACGUCCACAUGCUCAACUCGACCCUCACCGCCACGUCGCGCACCCUCUGCUGCAUCCUCGAGAACUACCAGACCAACGACGGUGUUCGCGUCCCCGAGGUCCUGCAGCCGUUCCUCGGUGGCAUGGACUUUAUCCCCUUCAUCAUGCCCAUGCCCAAGCGCCCCAAGGCCAAGAAGAACAAGAAGCAGAAGAAGUAACUAGCCUUGCCACGCUGCCAUUCGGCUCUGGCUUACCGUGUAGUAAACCGCUGUCCCGCUGCCC